AAAGGACGCUCACCGGAGGCUGAGGUUUGAGAAGGACACACACAGCAUACUCACGGCUCCGCGAUGAAGGCAUGGCUUAUCGUGUGCAUUGGUCUGCUCGUAGUCGCCUCGCUCGUCCUUUGCGAAGAUGAAGAACCUGCCGCGGCAGACCUUCAGGCUGAGGUGGACGAAGGCCCCUCCAUGUCUCGAGUUCGACGCGGAGGCGGCGGCGGUGGCGGAGGCGGUGGCAAGUCAAAAGGCAAGGGAAAGGGCGGCGAGAAGUCCAAAGGAAAAAGCGGUGGAGGCGGCGGUGACACCGAGUGAUUAAAGACGAUGACAACGACGUGCUAGCCCCGCAGCAGGUUCGCCGGCGACAGACUACAUAAAGAACUCGGUUCCCCUCUGUGCAAAAGGAACACCGAUCAUUGCGCAAAUAAAGGAUCGAACAAGCCAAAA